CGCGCCCAUCUCAGCUGUUUGAUGGCCGGGAGUAGAGAUUGAGGUGUGGGAGAGAAUUGAGGAGUCUGGCCAAGGGAGAGAGAGUAAGAUUAGAAGGUGAGGGAACUGGUUGUUGACUGAAGCAAGCUACCGUGAGACUGUUACACGUAUCGCGAAACGCAUAUUUGCUUUUUUGACAGUUUUCUUCUGCGAACUCUACAUCAUCUUUCCGCCGGUGUAUUUUCCUUGGUGUGUCGAAAAAACUGGGCUCGGGGAGUGCCGCUCCUCGGUAGCUAGCUAGUUGGCUAGCUGAAGUCUGCCGUUCUUGGUUGAUGCUAACCGGAGUGGAGAGUCAGAUCUUUGCUGUGCCCAGUCAAUGCAAUAUAAACAACGGACAGCCCGACUGAAAACAGGGUUACUGAAACGACGUCUCCUCUCCUCCCGUCUCUCAGAACAGCCAGUGUUUCGGCGGCCGGAGUGAAGCACUUUUUAGCAGCGGAAAAUGAGCGAACUCGACCAGCUACGCCAGGAGGCUGAGCAGCUCAAAAACCAGAUCAGAGAUGCCAGGAAAGCGUGUGCAGAUGCCACCUUAUCUCAGAUCACCGCUAACAUCGACCCUGUUGGUCGAAUUCAAAUGCGCACUAGACGAACGCUGAGGGGUCAUCUGGCCAAAAUCUAUGCCAUGCACUGGGGCACCGAUUCAAGGCUCUUAGUCAGUGCCUCUCAAGAUGGUAAACUCAUUAUUUGGGACAGCUACACCACGAAUAAGGUGCACGCCAUUCCUCUGCGCUCCUCUUGGGUCAUGACCUGCGCGUACGCUCCCUCUGGCAACUACGUGGCCUGCGGCGGGCUGGACAACAUCUGCUCCAUCUACAACCUGAAAACACGCGAGGGGAACGUCCGCGUGAGCCGCGAGCUAGCCGGCCACACAGGUUACCUGUCCUGCUGUCGUUUUGUGGAUGACAACCAGAUUGUCACGAGCUCUGGAGACACCACCUGCGCUCUGUGGGACAUUGAGACCGGGCAGCAGACCACCACGUUCGCCGGCCACACCGGCGAUGUCAUGAGCCUGUCGCUGGCGCCGGACACCAAGCUGUUCGUCUCGGGCGCCUGCGACGCCUCGGCCAAGCUCUGGGACGUCAGGGAAGGCAUGUGCAGACAGACCUUCACCGGCCACGAGUCCGACAUCAACGCCAUCUGCUUCUUCCCCAACGGCAACGCGUUCGCCACGGGCUCGGACGACGCCACCUGCAGGCUGUUCGACCUGCGGGCCGACCAGGAGCUGAUGGUGUACUCCCACGACAACAUCAUCUGCGGCAUCACCUCCGUGGCGUUCUCCAAGAGCGGCCGUCUACUGCUGGCCGGGUACGACGACUUCAACUGCAACGUGUGGGACACCCUCAAGGCCGACCGAGCAGGCGUGCUGGCUGGCCAUGACAACCGCGUUAGCUGCUUGGGCGUGACGGAUGACGGCAUGGCCGUGGCAACAGGAUCCUGGGACAGCUUCCUCAAGAUCUGGAACUAAAGCCUUAAGAUGGCAUUUGGACUCCAAAGUUGACUGGAAGAUCAUUCCAACUUCAAAAAUGUUUCGCUGCAUAUCCAACCUUCUCAAAAACGCCAUGGAAAACUCAAGACACCCCAAAAACUACGGGAGGAAAAAAACGAUAUUUCCUUCUCUUUCAAAAAGAAGAGCACAAUUGUUUUAUCACCCAACUAAAAUAAAAUAAGUUAAUCCUGUGGUAUUUUAUGAAAAACACGAAAUUGUGCAUUCCAACUGGGACCACAUUAUGUUUGUUACAAACGUGAGAGAGAAAGCAAAACACUACUACCCCAUGCAAAUGUACCAUAUGUUAAACAACUGUUGGAGUGUAAUUGUACAAAAUGAUCGAUCUCCUAUUUCUUUUGUCUUCUUCCUUUUUUUUGUUCCAAGAGUUAUUUGGAGAACUGUUAAAAUGAGGAUUGAAAGCUUUCUUUUAUCUCAUAGUCUAAAGAUUUUAGAAUUGAGCAUGUAGAUGCAUUUGAAAUGAGAUUUUUUUUUAAUCCAGCUUUGUCAUUAGAGCCACAGCUCCACAUCAGAUGAAGCAAAAUAAAAAGGCAAGCGCUUCUUUUGAGUCCAUGAUCAGAUUUCAGGGGAUACCAAUCGUGUAUAUUUAGGGCCAGGAUUUUAUUUUUUUCCUAUUAUUAUUAUUGUUCCUCUCCCUUUUCCUACUAUUUACACACAUCUUUGUUUGCACAAAAAAAACUUUGCGGAUAGAGUAAUGUUGGAAACUAACCAAGCACAUGCUGUCAAUGAUACCCAAUGCUUGUUUUUCAAACGAAACAAAAAAAAAAAAUCACAAUUUUAACUUUUUUUUUUUUUUUUUUUUUUUUUUUUCUCAUCGUUUUUGUUAUUGGGUAAUGUUGAAUCGGUUAAGAUGAACUCUUCAUCUCUGUAUUGUCUUAUUUGACCUUUUUGGACUUGGCUUUGGGUGCGGGGUUGGGGGGACUGGGGGGGAUCUCAGGGGUUAGAGGUCAUUGGGUAGGGUUGGGCAGGUUUUUACAUGGUUCCACUCUGGAAUGUCCUGUUGAGACAGAGAUCCCCAUUCUGAGCUUGGAAAUGCAGUUACUACUCUGUGAAUGAAAUGUUGUAAAAAAACGAAACAAAAAAAUCAAUGUUUGAAAAUGUUGAAAUUUCAAGUUUAAAAUAAAAUUUAUUUUGGUGGUUUGCCAUGGGUGGGUUAACUCUUAGAAUUGCAUGCUGUAGAAUUGCUUAAAGUGCAUAUGGAACUAAGUCUUUAGAUGUUUUUCUUUUAGAAAAUAACCUGUUAACCAUAAUCAUUGCAGUCGUAUCCAUAAUUGUUUUGCCUACUCUGCAUACACCUUUCAAUUAAACUGGCAGAGCUAUGCACUUGGGAGAGAAGCAAACGUCGGGUUGCAACUACAAAUUUACUGUGAACACACACUAACUUGUUCGGAUGUCCACCCUAGGAAUGAUUCUUAAAAGCAAUGAAAAAAGUCCCUCUCGUUGUGAAACUAAACACGCCUCCUUUUCACACACAAAUGUACACAAAUGGAACAAAAAGAUUCUUAGUUCUUCUGUAACUAGUACUUUAAAAAUGCUAGACUCAUUUUUGUAACUUUUUUUGCUUUCUUUAAUAAAAAAUAAAAAAGCAUCUGAAUGGCAGAAUUUUCUGUUCCCUUCUCACUGUAAACAAGCGCUCUUUAUUUAGCAGUAGUGGCAUUUUUUUCUGCAACACUGUACAAAAUGUGAUGUAAUUGUGCAUUAGGCCUGGAGUAAGAAAAAAUGUAAAAAGCAAAAAAAAAAAAAACAAAUCCCUUUUUCUCUUUCCAUGAAAUAACUGUAGAGCUCUGCACCUCACUGUACCCUUUCACCUUUUGUAUUUAAUUUUAAAGUCUGUCAGUGUACUACAGAAAGCUGGAUGCAAGAUAGAAACUAUAUUAAAAUGUACUGUUAUUUAAGAUGUAAUAAAAAGCAGUUGGAGAUGUC